AUGGGAAUGAGCUCAAUGGGACAGAAAUCGUCUGGCCCCAUCAUCAAGUACUUUGGAAAGAAACUCUCUCCCACUCCCCCACAUAAAAUUAAUGCCAGCGACGUGGUUACACUGCAUUGGCUCUCUUUCCAAGAUGGCGGCCAAAAAGUGUCUGAGCAACGCAGGGGUAGGAAAUGUAUUGAUUUCUUUCUUUGUUGAAGGCUGGAUCCUGACAUAUAAGAUUGAAUGAAUACAUUGUUUACCGCUUGUAUUUUAUAUGAUUAUGUUUAGUAAUAUUAGUUAAAUGAUCUGUUUUUUAAAACUCUUCAACAAAUGUCAGUUAUUCAUGAUCAGUUCGUAAUGAAAGAAGAGCGGCUAGCGUAAGCUUUAUUGCCAGUCAGAUUUUCGGUGAUUUGUGCUCAUUUUUUUCAACCUGAACCUUGCAGCCUAAGUUUUCCAACACUCAUCUUAAAUGAAGCUGUGUUUCUUUAAGUGGUAUUUUAUUUGUUUGAAAUUGAUUGAAAAAUGUGCUGCUUUAAAUUAAGAUUCACGUAAUACGUACUAGCGUACAUGUACAUUGAUGUAACCUUUGAUUUUUUUUUUCAUAUUAUGUAGCACAUUCCGCCCAAAUUUAAUUUUUUUAUGGGAACUUUUCGGACAUAAUCAACGUACGUACUGCGGUGAGGAGAAUUUAUAAUCGCCAACGAAAUUGUUCAACAAAUUAGCGGAAGUUUCCGACUGCAUGCUCUUUCUACGUCAGAUGAUUUAAAACUCCUUCACUCUUUCUGCAGGUAAUGUGUACUACGGUGGCCACUUUGUUUACCCUUCUUUCGUUAGUCCACCAAUCCUUUUGCAAAUCAAGUAGCUCUAAAUCAAUUAUAGCCUCUCUAGAUGCAAGAUGGGGAUCGACGCCUCUUCUGCUUGAAGCAAGGUUGGUUGAGAACAGGGUUAAUUUCAAAAUCAAUCAGAAUAAAAGCAAAUAAAAAACAGCAUAACUCCCAGGAUAUUCCUAAGACUGGAGAUAUGAGAGCUCUUAUACAGCUACAUAGAAUGCUCUGGCUAAAUAUCACCAGCCUGGGCUAAUUUAUACUAAGACAUUUAGCUGCUAUGAAGCUUAUUUACUCAGAACUUUACACUAUUCUUUCGCUUCAUGUCAUUUUAGAAUUGUAUUGGUGUUGAAUUUUGUUAUCUAAAGUAGUGUUACACACAUUUAUUUGAAAGUUGUUUAAAGGGUUCAGAUGUACCCAGUCUUAUAAUAGUGUUUAGGGGGUAAGUUUCUAAAGAAACUGUGUUGCUGUGGUAGAGUAGAACAGGAUAAUUUAGGGUGAUAAUGUAAAUUAGCCACAAUAAAGGGUUACAAAGCUGACUUUCAAGCAUUAACCCUUCAUCAGAGUGAGAAGGAAGGGCUUUGCUCUGAUCAAGGGCUAAUGCUCAAAAUGUCAGCUUUGAAACCCUUUACAGUGGCCAAAUUACAUUUAUUAUCAACUCAGUGGAUAAUAUUAAAUUACCCUUUUAUAAUAGUAUUGCUACUUUCUUAGUUAGUUUUCACUUUUUGUUUGUGUUUUAGCUGAGUGAAUAUAAUACAUGAAUAUAAUGAUUAGAAAUUUUGAAUAACCAGACCAUGAUAUAAAGAAGGUGGCACAAGGGGAUCAAAAGACUCCUAUGCAGACAACUGCACAUUUCUGAAUAUUCAAGAAAUUUUGGAAAAUUGUCCUUCACUCUUUGGAUAAGAGUGAUAGGUACUGUGACACAGCUCACCCUGGGAAUAAGAUGUUUUUGUUUUAAUUUCAGUGAAUAUUUAGCAGCAGAGAGUAAUGAAAAAUUUUGGAAGUUUGUGGAUUCAUGUCAAGAUAAAUCAUUCAGUCAUGAUUUAGGUAAUGAAUGAUUAUUUUCUUUUGGUGUAAUUAUUGUGUGAAGUAUACCAAGGAGCUACAAUCAAUGUCAUGAUAACAAAAGAAUAAGAUUCCUAAUUUUCAGUUCAACAGUUGAUGUUAUUUUAUUGACUUAAUCAUGCAUUAACCUUUUAACUCUCAUGAGUGACCAAGACAGAAUUUCUCCUUACAAUAUCAAUACAAUAUCAACCAGAGAAGUAAUGAGAAUAAAGAAAAUUAACCAUUUGGGGAUAAUUAGUUGAUCCAAUACUAAAUUAUCUGAACUAACAUUAUAAGAAUUGUAUGGUUGACAGUAAGGAGAAUUAUAAAUUUGAUCUGAGAGUUAAAGGUUUAAAAGGCCUGGCUCUAGUUUUUCAAAGGUUGGAUAACUCUAUCUAAUGGAUAAAUUGCUCUUCAUGGGAUAAGUGCUUAACAAAAUAUACUAUAUGCUAUCCACCAGAUAGAGAUUUGUUCAGUGGAUAGCAUUUCCCAUCCUUUGAACAACUGGCACCUGGUUGUUACUUAACCCUUUUUGCUGUAACAUCAACACACAGUUUCUCGAUACUGUUCUCUAUACAUUUCCUAUAGUACUGACAAGGAGAAUUUUAAUAAUCAAGAACUUUAUAGGUUGGGGAUCAUUUCCUUUAUUCUCACAACCCAAUGUUUGAUUCAGUGAUGAUAUACUGUAAGGAGAAAUUAGAUGUGAGUCACUGAAGGGGUGUAAACAGUGAAAAGAUGGUUUUUGAGCUGUUAUCCACAGUGUUGAAUAAGUUUUUAAUGUUGUGUUUUACCCUAUUUUGAUUUCAGAUGAAUAUAAACAUGUUUUAAAAACUGCAGGCCAGUUGCUAGCUCCGAUAGGUUUAAAUUUCUUGCAAUUCUCAUUGUCACUGAGGUAUUAUUCUCCCCGGGUGGAACUGUUCAAUAAGGUGAGAUUUCAAUAGGUCUGCUGAAUAGUUAGUUAUUAUCUUUGCUGUUCAGUAUUUAGGUGUUUUGAAACUUAGUUUGAAAUAAAAAACUCAUAAUUGCAAAGCUGUUAGUACCAUGGGUCAUUAUGACUCUGCAGUGUGCAUAUCUACACUCAGGCAUUUGAGCCUAACAGUUAUGUGAUUAUAUUUGGUACAUUUUUCAUUCUUUCAUUAGGUUGCCCAUGAUCUCCUAGCACCAGACUGUGAGACUUUUGUUCAGCUUGGCAGUAGCACAAUAUGUGACAUUACAGAAGCUGUUUCUCUCAUCAAACAAGCAGAAAACAUGUAUGUUUCUAACUCUAAUGCUCAAGUUUCAGAAGCAUGAGAAAAACAAAAUGGCUUUCUGGUGAAAGAACAUUGCUCUUUUAAUUAAAUUUCAUAUAUUGUAUUCUGUUAUUGGUAAUUUUUAAAUAUUUUUAGUCAAACAUUUUGUUGUUGCCUUUUCUUCUUAAUGAAUAUAGACCCUUGGUGCAGAGUUUUAAAUUUGAUCACCACUAUCCUAAAUCUGAAAACAACUCCAUAGCUGUUGUAUUAUAUGGAAAGAUAGGAUCAGGAUCCUUUUGGAGAUUUCAUCAGCAACUUGUAAAUUUAGCAGAAAAUGGUCUGGUGCACUAUGUACUUCGACAUUAUAUUGAGGUAGGAAAAGUCUGUGAUAUGAUGAGCAAUUUGUUUGGUAAUAGGGGUUUGAAUAACUUUUUACAUAUUAAUUGACUGCGAUGGAGACAUAGGCUGAAACAUGAGAUUCUGCUCGCUGGCUGAACAAAUGGCAGUGAGAGGUCUUAUAAGCAGUUGUAGACCAGUAAUACACCAUUUUUCCAAAUUGAUAUGAUACUGAGGUUUUUCUUUGAUAUUGGUAUCGAUACUGUAAGGUCAUUGAGGUAACUGGUAAGUCACAUGAUUUGAUUGACAAAAUAUAGGGUUAUCUUGCUCUGUUAAGUUUACAGUGUUCACUUCUUUACAAUUGCAUUAACAAAACAGUCAAGAAUUUAAAACCAGAUUAAGGAUGUACUAAAGUAGAAACUCUCAGUUGUUGAUGAGUUCACUCUUGCAAAUGCUCACAUGCCACUUAAAAUGGCACACUGCAGUGCUUAUUGCCCAAACUUGAGCUUAGAGUCUUUUCAGCUCUUUAUUGGCAGUUAGAGGCAGGUGUGAGCCAGACUGUGCUGGCCGGUCAUGUGCAGGAUCAAAACCAUUGAUACUUUACACUAGUAUUGGUGUUUUCUGAUCAGACGUUGGUAUUGAUGGUAUUUAGUAUUUGGUAUCAGUGUCAGCCCAUCCUCAGACACAGGCUUGUAAUGGAACCUCUGUGCUAGCCCUUUCCUUUUCUAAAGUGACCAAAAAAGGAAUUUCUCCUCACAAUAUCAAAUCUACAUUUAGUCAGAAAUUGCCCUAAAUGUAAUUUUGUAACUGGUCAUAUCACUUAGUCAUCAUCAGAGAGAAAAAUGAGAUUAUCAGGAUAUGGUGUGGAACUGGCUGUCAAGAAAACAGAGUACAAAGCCAUGGAUGACAGUAAAGUGAAAGAUGAUGCAGAAGGAGAGGUACAGAAACAAGAGGAAGAAGAUGAAGAUGAAGUUGAAGGAUUCCUCUUUGGAAAGUUAAGGUUUGUGCAACUAAAUGCAAUGACUUAAGUUUGCCAUUGAUAGUGGGUGUUGCCUAAUAGCUAACCACUGAACUCUGAAUGGAUAAAUCAAGAAAUGGUCAGAGACACUUUGUUGUGUCCUUUCUGUGUUCUGUGUCCUAUCUGUACCUCUCUCUAUCCAGGAGUGUAAAUUGGUGCUUGAGAACUGUCUGGAAACCUUACAAAAUGCGAAGGGUUUGUCUGUGAUGAGGAGAUGCUGUGGCAUAGUGGUUAGUGUCCUGCUAACUCAGGGACCUUGCAAUGUGGGUUUGAGACCUGGUUGGUCAUUGUGUUGUGUUCUUGGGCUGGACAAAGUACUCUCUCUGUCCAUGGGGUACAAACACGGAGAAGCAAAUUGUUAGGGAAACCUGAGGGAAUGAUGACAGGCAUCCUAUUUAGGGGGAGUAACUGUACCUUUAGCCACUUCAUUCUAUGAGACAGGAAAAAAAAACUUUGGCUUUGGUGAUGAUUGGAGUGUGUGCAGACUUCACAUAUCUUUAACAGAGUUUGCUUUUAUGUACUUUAUGUUGAUGGUCUAACACACCUCUGACCUGAAUCUUUUUUAUCAGAUUAUUCAUAGAGUAAAUUAUAAAAUAUAGUUUUGUUAUCACACUCCACAACCUAAUAUUUACUCAUAGGAAACUCUAUCCAGACCUAAAAGAAAAUCUUGAACAGUUCAGGGCACACUUAAAGGAAAGUGCGCAUGAGAUGGCUCCUUUGAAAGUCUGGCAAUUGCAAGGUAUGAAGAGUUUUAUUAAAAUUAGGUCCCAAAUAUAAAGGCAGUGUAUCAUGUCACUGAUGUUGUAAUCACUAGACAGUAAUUGGUACCAAAGACUGAAAAGUCACUUAGUAAAGACUACAUCACGGUGUAAUAAUUAACCAGUAAUAACCUUCCCACAGUAUCAGGAAAUCUGCAAAAAGGACAGAAGAUGCUUGUUCUCAAUUUAGGACACUACAGCCUGAUUUUAGACAUUGCCUUCCGAUUUUAGACACUGCUGUUUGAUUUUAGACACUGCUGUUUGAUUUUAGACACUGCUGUCCAAUUGUUGACACUGCUGUCCGAUUUUAGACACUGCUGUUCAAUUUUAGAUACUUAUUUCUGAUUUGAGACACCAGAGUCCAAUUUUAGACAACAGAGUCCAAUUUUAGACACUAGUGUCCAAUUUUAGACACCAGUGUCCCAUUUUAGACAUAAGUAUCCAAAUGUAGACAUUAGUGUGUAUGAUCUUAGACAGCAGUGUCCAAUUUUAUACAGUGGUGUCCUACAUUAGACAUCAGGAUCUAAAGAUUUUAGACACCAGUCUGAUUUUAGACUCUUUAGACUCUUUAGUGUCCAAUAUUAGACACUACUGCCCUGAAUAGCUCAAAGUGAAAUUAUGAAAAAAAUAUUUCCAGUAGUUGCCUUCAUAAUAACUUCAUGUCAACAAAUGAAGGGUUGCUUGGAGCUCCCUGUGUUUCUAAUAGGAAUAUAAGACAAUUUGGUAGGAGAAUCCACAGAAAUCACUUACUUUUCCAUGAAUCCAAUUCAACUUUGACAAAUAAUUCUGCUUAAACCUGGUAGGGUGAGAUUUUUUAUUUUUAUUUUUACCAUCAGAUCUGAGUUUCCAGGCAGCACAACGGGUCAUGUCCUCUGAACCACAAAGAGCUUUGAAAGUGCUGAGGGACAUCAGUCAAAAUCUUCCCAUGCAAACCAGGUUUGUAGGAGACAUCUUUCAUUUCUGCAGUUUUCGUUUUCUUUUCGUUGAUUAUUUACUUGUUAUUUUCAAUCGUAGAUCGUUAGUGAAGACAAAGGUUAAAGAAGAAAUGAGGAAAGAUAUCAAACUUAAUCAAAAGGUUAGUAGUUUAAAAAAAUUCUUUUCGUCCUUGUGGCAAUAUACUUUUAUAUUUACGUGUUCUUGUUUACACCUAGGUUUUCCUGAACGAUUCUGUAAGGCCGACCAAAUUAAGUAAAAAUUCGCUACAGAAAUCAUCUGCCACUGUGUUCUACGUGUGUAUUGCUUCCAAUCUUAAAACAAUUCAUUUUCUCUCAAUGGUGACCUGCACAAAUUCAAAUCAAAGAGAUAUUCCAAAAUUGGUUUUGGUGUCCCAUGCUGCAACCUUUCUUCACGUCAUGUGUAGAUAAUCUGUAACUUUUUGCAGGUUUAGUAGCCCUGGUUAGGUAAUGGGGAUUUGAAAAAAAAAAAAUCCGAACAUCUUGGUCAGGUGUAAUAUUUUGCUUAACGCAAAAAGUGGAACACAAUUCUCUUGCUUUCUUAUAUGUGAAUUAGAGUCAUGUUCUGUUUCCUCAUUAGUCCCUGGUUUUCAAGUUUAUUGCACUGGCCGAAGAAGAUCAAACAGAUACAAAAUAAUUAGGAACUAUAACAUUCGGAUGCAAAAUUUGUUGCAAAGUUGUCAUGUAGUUACCCCCUCAGACCACUAACCAUCAGUCCAGUGUCUAUGCAUCUAAAUGUUUUUUGCUCCAUUUUGCUCUAGCAUUUUUCACAAUUUGGACUGGAUCCUGGAGACAGUGCUUUGUUGAUAAAUGGCCUUCUGGUCCAAGUGGACGAUCUUGAUCCUUUUCAGUGAGUAUUUGAUCAUUUAUGGGUCACAGGGAAACCAUAGAUUAUUAUUUCACUUUCAACUGGUAGCAUUAAAGUGCUGGUCGCCGAAAGUGAAUUAAUUAUUUCUUUCGCAUCGACGUCCAGGCCCCAGUUGUUCGAAGGGUGAAUAACGAUAUCUGCUGGCUAAAUCUCUAUUCGGUGGAUAGCGCAGUGCGUUUUGUUAACACUUAUCCUCUGGAUAGUGAUUCUUCCGUUGGAUAGUAUUACCCGCCCUUUUAGGCGGUCACAAGUUUGAACCCUGCUGCCGUAUGAAUACUGGCAGAGCAGUUUUUGGAGCUGUUGUCCGUAUAAUUUAUAAAAUUUGAUCAAGAUUUGUAUCUUGUAGUUUGUUAGAUUUGUUACGUGGUGAAGCACUAGCGAUUGACAGACUCUCUUCCCUGGGCAUCAAGGUAGGGUCGAUGAAGACACUCUUGUGUCAUCUAAAAUACAUUUUAUUUUCAAGAUAUAAAAAGUAUGUAAUCCAAACUGAGUCUCUGGCACAACCUUUUGACAUGCUCCUGUGUCAUCUAGAAUACAUUUUCAAUAUAUAAAAAGUAUGUAAUCCAAAUUGAGUCUCCGGCACAACCUUUUGACAUGAAGAUCUGCAGUUCGAUUGCUCGUGAUGGUCUCAGGUUUUUUCUUUGUCCUAUUCUCCUGACAAGACAAUUGACAUCUUUUCUUCGUAACGAUGUUUUUUCUUUAGGGUGAACCUCUCGGUAAACUCGUGUCUCUUGCCUCUCAACCAGAGCAUGAAUCAUUUGUUUUGGAUGCAAGACACGACUCCAUUGUGGUAAGUCUAUGUGAGUUAUCGAUAUUGCUUUGUCGCGACGCAAAGUGUAAUUUUUAAAUCUGACUUCCUUGUAAAUAGUCUGGUGACUGUAUUUGCUUAUUUUAUCAUCGCUAGUUUAUAAACGACCUUGAAAAAGAUCGGCAGUAUUGGGGUUGGCCUUCUGAACUACAGGAGGUAAGUACUGAAGGUCUGCUUCUGUGUUCCUCUUGCCUGUUGUUGUUGUUGUUGUUUUCAACCUGUUUGUCUUUCAAAAACCUGCUGUUUAGGUUUUAUUUUCACCUGUUUUUGUUGACAGAUACUACGACCAACCUUCCCUGGGAUGAUGCGCUAUAUUGCCAAGAACAUAUUCAAUUUGGUAACGUUGUCUGCUGUGCUAUAUUUCGAUAAGAAAGCUGAUAGUUUGUAAAACUGUAAUGGAGUGUAAAUCCCCAGUGUUUUAGUAGGCUAAGAAUCAAGGAGAGAAAUUCCUGUAAGAUUAAAUCAGGUGAAGCACGUUAAACUACCAAGUCAGGGUAUAUAUAAAUAGAAACUUUACAAGAUUGUAGCUGUAUAUACAACAAAGUACUUAAAUGGAAAAUGAGCAAUCGCCAUACAUGAAAGACUGAAGAACUAGUUUUAAAUCUUAGUCAGAUGAUUUUACAUGGAUGUUGACGGCACUCACGAUGUUUAAGCAUGUUACAUGUAUGUUCAUUGAAAUUACUAAGCAUUUCCGUGGAAACGCUUCGUAAUUUGGACUUCUUGUUUUCUUUCAAGGUUCUGUUUGUCAACCCUUUAGAUGCCCAGAGUAUCGAACUGAUCAAGGUUGUCAAUGAAUUGCUUCAAAAUUCGUUUCCAGUCAGGUACUCUGCGCAGUUUUAUAUACACCCGUAAUAAGGUUACUGUGCUAUGAGUUAAACAGCUUACGAUAUCGUUAUAUUAACGGUGCUUUUUACAGCUAAUCUUGUUAUACUUUGCUCCGCAUUUGUAGUCUUCGAAGGUCUGUUGGGUUUGUCAUCUGCGUGAAAGCUGCGUUUAGUCACAACACAGUCGCCAAGUUAUACCCACUUUUUCUGCAAUACGAGUCUUCAACCAGCCCCAUAAGAACAAAAUGUAACAAUUUUAGUCAUAUUUUUGCUCUCGGAAUUUUACCUAAUGACUUUUGCUUUUAUCAAAAGCUUUUUCCACCGCUGCCUACAUUCUUUCUGUUGAGCUCAGUUUACUUCGUGGGUGAAUAACGAAAUAGCGUAGAGACUUUCCAUGACGUGUUUUCUUACAACACUGAUCCGAACGCGAGUUUACUAAGCAACAAUGCGAAAAAAAAAAAAUGGCAAGCGACCAGGCAACAAAACUGAUAGAAAGGGAAGUAAAGCCAAACGAGAAAAGCAAUGACAAUAAAUAAACCGAACAGAAAUAACUGAAGUUUUGCAUUCAUGAUAUUCUCAGAAUUGGUUUGUCACUGGUUGCCGAUGUUCCCCUGGAUGCCGAAGUCGACGCUAAGACUAAUGCAGCUGUAGGAAUUGCCAGAGCAUUUAGCUUCAUCUCAUCCGAGAAGGACUCGCGAGAGGCAUUUGAUUGGCUUCUUAAGGUCAGUGGAACAGUUGUUGAUUUUUGUGGAAAUGGUUUUGAAUUGUUUGACUUUAGACAUGUUAUUCUCAAUACUGAAAGCAGCGUGACUGUCGUCGCAUUAAUUUUUCAAUAUUAUUCAACUGAUUUGUUUUGUUUCGAUUGAUAGUUUAUCUUGAGUAUUUUAUGGUUAGCUUAUGCUUGUUAUAUUUUUCAUGAGAUUUAAAAUCAUGGUUUUUUGUGUUUAGUUGUAUGAUAAUUUGGCGGAAGGCGAUGUGCCGACUGCGGACAAGGUUUUAACUUCAUUUACAUCAUUAUUUGGCAAAGAUGAUGCUGAAGAAGUGUUCGGAGAAGGCUCUGAGUACGACGAAAAUCGAAAGGUAAAACUUCUGGCGAUUUUAGAGUAUGUGAUAUGAACUCUGUCGUUAUGGAGGUCAUGAGGGUUUCUUUUCUAAUGAAAGUCGUGUUGCUUUUUAGUCCUCUCAACGUUUCUUUGACAAGACAGGAUUCCAUCAGUUGCCUCAAGUUAUCCUUAAUGGUGUGCCCAUCGACAGCGAAGAGGUUGGUGAUCCUUCAGUACAAUCUUGUUAAUUGCUUAUUUUCGGCUAUAAAACGAUAAAAAGAGUAGCCCUUGUUUUGGUGAUUUGAUUCAUCUUUGCUCCUGAAGUUACUAGAAAUUUAUGGAAAUGUUAGUGACAUGGAUAGGUAUAUUUCUUACGUUAGACUUGCUUCACAGCGAAAUAUGUACUAAAAAAGACGUUUCUUUCAGUUUGAAAAUCUAGAUGAAGCAGUUGUGCGGGAGGUGAUGGUUCAAACAGGCCCCAUACAACAUGCAGUGUUUUCGGUAAGACAAAAUUACUGUUAGCAAUUUGGAAAAAGUGCUAGGCAAGAUUAUUUAUCUAAGACACUGUGAACUAACUGGUAAGGACAAAGGAGUGCGUUUGUUUUUUUUUUUGGCAUUUUACGACUUCAUCCCGAAGUGUAACUGUGAUUAUAUGAAUAAAGGAGGUAAGUUUCUAAAGAAACUGCGAUGCUGCGUCUUGGGGGGAGGGGGGGAGGGUGGGGCGGGUAGUACAAGAUAAUUUAGUAUUAUCAACUGAUAAUGUACAUUGACCACCGUAAAGAGUUUAUAGAACUGACGUGUCGAGCGUUAGCUCUUGGUCAGACUGCGAACAUCACAUCCUCAAUUCUAAUUCAACUUUGUUGGUGUUCUCUUUGAAUAGAUGUUAACUGUUAGAGCUUGUACGGUUUGUAGCAGCGAAAGAGUCAGUAAAAGAUCCUCACUCAAUUGUUUCUUUGUUGGUUUUGUAGGGUUCUGUUUAUCGCUACUCCAGUGUGUAUGAAUAUGUCAUGAGUCAACCAAACGUAGUAUCUCGAGUUAAUAGCAUGGUUCAGUCUAUGGAGAGACCUUAUGUUGACUUGACUGGUGGUCAGUCAAGUACAGGUAAGCAAAAAAAAAAACAAUAACAACAACAACAGCAACAACAAUAACACAACAACAAAAAACGGGAAAAAGGAGUGAAUACAGACUUCUCAAAAAAUAAACCCAAAAGAAACAUGAUCUGUGUCGUUGUUUGACUUGCGCUGUCUCAAAAGUCAUAUCAUCCACCCCGAGUCUCAUAGACUGAAAAGAGAAAAGUGAGAAGGAAGGCUUAUCAUUAGCCUCCUUUAAAAUUAAACUCGCGGUUAAACAGGCCUGUUUGCAAAAAAUCCCCCCCCCCAUGUGUUUUUAACAUCUCCGCAGUUCUCUUUACUGAACAGAAAUUUAUGAAUCAUUAGUAAAAAUGUAAAUGUUAAUUAUUUUAUUAUAAGACCUGCUUAUUUUCUGUUUUACAGAUGAGGAUAUUAAUAAUCCUGAAGUGUUUGCUAAGUUUGAUAGUUCGCAGAUGGCUUCCGUUAUUGCCAAGGAAUUGAAGUACUUCACCAAACAAGGAGGUAAUAUUGUAUUUAAUGGUAUCUAUGUUUAAGAGAAUGAGAAUCUGGAACAAGGGGAAGUCAGUGGUGAUAGUGAUUAUGAUGAAGUUAAGGUUGGAGAACGGGACUAGGAUAAAAACAGAAGGUGAGGACGAAGGUAAGAACAGAAACGGGCAAGAUGAGGAGAAUGAAGGAGGGUGACGAUCAAAGUGAGAUUCUAUUAGACGGAAGAAGAUAGGAGGCCAUAGCAAUGAAGAAAUGGAUGGAAGAAGGAUACGGACGAGGGUUGAAGAGGUGGACUGAGGAAGGAACGUGAUGGGGAUGGAUGAGGGUGAAAUGGAGAUUAAGUUAAGGGCGGAGAAUAAAAUGACGAUAGGCUGACGAUCAUGGAGAUAACCAUGGGGAGAAGGGUGGGACUGAAGUUGCCAUGAUGACAUUGAUAAUCAUUUCUUGUAAGGAAUGUAACUAACUAUGGUGAGAGGAAAAGCUGUGGAGAUUGAUACCAUUAAGACCUUACUUUACAUUCAAGCGUUCUUUUAUUUUUUCUGGGACAUAAGGUUUUUUUUUUUUUUACACUGAUGAUUGUUUGCAUCUCGAAAUUAGAAAAGGCCGUGAAUUGUAACAGAUUAGCUAACUAUGAAUUCUAAAUUGGUUCAAGUAAAUGUACUUAUUUUGUAGUGACCUCCACUUUGACACGAAGCCUAAGUUACCAGGUAGUUAGGCUGACACUGUUUGGUUGCUGUUUUGUUUUGUUUCAUAGAAGAGCUUAGUUUAAAACCUGUGACUAACUGGGUUAUUGCUGACUUGGCCAGCAAAGAAGGAAGAGUGUUGGUCAGAGCAGCCCUCCAACAAGUGGUAAGUCGCUACUUCAGUGAUUGUUACCACCGUAAUCUCUCAAAGAAGGAUCGGAGUUUUUUAGUUUUUAGCCAUGUAACUCUUGUUAAUAUGAUGGAGCUCUGAAGACUGCGCGAUAAUAAUUCACAGUCGGCCUUUUCAAAGAAGAUUUUGUUUGAAAUAAGAAAAUCUUAAACCAUCAUCUUAACUAAACCGUGACUUUGUCCAGGAAGAGCUCAACCAAGCUAAAACAUAAUGUAACUUAGGUUUAUGCAAAGAACAUACCCCAUUGCGUCAUUAGAAAUUACCAAGCUUUCUGUAUAAUAAGAACGACGUUGAAUUGAUUGAUUAUUUUACACCUGAGGCUUCGAGCAAAACUUGCUUUAUUUUCUCAAAGAACUACUUGUACUCCGCGGAAAAUAAAAUUUACUUUGAAAUUUAUGGAAAACUCGCCUUUUUCAGUUCUGAAGAAUUGUUUCCUUUGCAGAAAUCCUCUUCAAGUGUAAGGGUGGGGCUCAUUCACAAUCCAGCUAUAAAACAUACGGAUGAUCGCCCAGAAUCACUUCAGAUCGCCAGAACAGUGGAGGCUGUAAUGUCUUCAAAGAGUCACGUUACGCCAGCAAUGUUAAAAUUCAUGGAGAAUUUGCUGGAUGAGAGCAACGACUUUGAUAAGCUGUCUUCAGAUGCCAAAGCAAUGGCAGACCUUUUGGCGAAAACACCGGUAUGUGUGAUUGGCAGCAUGAAUUUUGUUUGAGUAGUUCGAGUCGCCACAUGGAAAAUUAAAUUGCCUUCAAUCAACGAGGAACCACAGAAUUUUAAACUAAUGAGAUAGAAAAGCAGACAAAUUAACUCUUUUACUCCCAAGAUCUCAUUAGCAAUUCUCCUUACUGUCUGCAAUACAGUUCUCAUGUUGUUAGUUUGGAGAAUUUGGUAUUGGAUCAGCUAACAAUCCCUUGAUUGAUAUUUUUUGUUAUUCUCAUCACCUGUCUGCUUAAUAUUUUAUUUAUGAUGUAGGGAGAAAUUUUGUCUCGAUCAUUCAUGGGAUUUAAAGGGUUAAAAUAUUAAACCAGAAUGAACGAGGCAGAGGAUUCACGAGGCUUGCAAAUCUUUUUUUUGCGAUGCACGAGGUAGCACAGUUUUAACAAAAUGGAUAGGAAGGUAAAGGAGCCAGUCCAAAAAGGAUAUGUUUGAAGAACAAUGGGUUGAUGCCAGAUUUGAAUCACAUGACGAAAUUUGCAGCUAACGCCUGAAAGAGGAAUCGAUCCUGUUUAAAUUGGUUUGAAGAGGUUGGACGAGCUUUUGUGUUUUUUUAACAUUGACGGAGUGAUAAUUGAGGGAAAGUAUUACUCUUCUUUGAAGAAGAAGUUAAAGAGUGGAGGUAUCAUACAUUAUUUUGUGUGGAGCUGAUUGUUUUAUAUCCUGUAGCCUAUAAAACACAGUUUGUUACGAUGUGCGACACAUUUUGUCCUUUUUGUCAGGGAAGUUGUUUUGAUGUAAAUUAGUUGAUUAUAUACAUUUGUCUCUAUCAUCAGGGUUUGAAAUUAGAAGCUAUACAAGCAAAGUUAUCAGACGGGGAAACCUUCAAAGGCAAGCUGUUCUCACACCAGCAUUUCUGCACAGGUGUUGUUAACCUACUUCCCGGUCAACCUGCUGUUAUAACCAACGGAAGAGUAAGUGUGAAGCGGUGUAGUUCUUUGCCUGUUCUUGCCCUAGUCUGCACAGUUCACUUCAGCUGAAAUGUUGUUUCAACAGGUUCUUGGUCCACUUGCUGGAAACACGUUGUUCACAGAGGAUGACUUUAAACUUCUUGAGAACUUUGACAUGGACUUGUAUGCUCGCAAAGUUAGAGACCAGGUACGAUCCUUUAAAACGCUUUAAGAUAAUUUGAUGUGUAAACCAACUAACUACACGCGAAAGCCACAUUUGAAAAAUAAUUGCGUAGCCGUUUGGCAGAGUCAGACUUUAAGUUUGCGGAUCUGUUUAUCAACAGAUUGAUGAAAUGACAUUUGAUGGUUUGUCUGCGGAUGAUGAUACAAGGUAAUUUGCAUUUUUUCCUGAAAUGUUUGCGAGCUAGGGUUUAGACGUCAAAAACGUAGUAUUUAAUUUUGUUGACAGGGUCGAUGAACCUUGUAGAGUUUGCUCCGCUCCCAAUAUGAGGCUUGAUAACCCAGUUUAUAGCAGCACACAGCUAGAAUUCUGGAAUUAUACAAUGCAUGACAGUUAUCCAGUUCAGAGGAGCGUUCUUAAUGUGUUUUUGUCUCGUUUUCAGUGAAUUUAGAAGUGACAUCAUCAUGAAGGUAUCCUCUGCGCUGAUCUGCCGAGAUAAGAGAUCUCGUCAGCAAAUUACUAUAAAAGCCAGUGAACACAGGUAGGGAAGUGAAAAGAGGCGUUACCUUGAAACGGAAAUGUUAUUAGAAUUGUUUCUGCUUUGUAAAUAGAAUAAAAAGUUGGUAGGUUUUGAGCUUGGUAAAGAGCUCUUGUCACGAGCGUGAGAUAAAGAAAAAAUUCUGAGUCCUUCGUUUCUGCUUUGUCUUAAGAAGAAGUUGGUGCUAAGUUGUGGCACGAUUGUGGCGCUUUGUCGCUUGUUUUGAGUUCUGUUUUCUGCUUUAAACUGUCAUUUUUUACAAGUUUCAUUAAAAAUAAAUGAAGCUUUGCUCAACGCAAAAUAAUUACAACAUGUUUCUUUUUAAUCCAACGCGUACGACCAAAUUAAAGUAAAAAAAUUUAAUCUAAUUGAAAAUGUUUACAAAACGUGAUUGCGUGCGCUGCUUCAAUGCACUAGUCCCGCUCCAAACGACCUUCCAAACAGUGAAGUGUGUCUCCUUUCUUAGUGUCAUGAAAAUCGAGCCAAAGCAAGACGGAGCCAGUUUUGAUGUGGUGGUAGUUUUGGAUCCUCUGUCUCAAGGUACUGUUGGUUUCGUUACUUUGUUUUUGAAAAUUAUCGUUACGGUUCCAACUCCACUUAGUUACAAAGCCCACUUGCAACAAUACUUUUCCAAAAUUUACACUUAAAUAAGUGAUACAGAAACAGAGUAAGAAAGGCUGUAGAAAUUAUUUUAGUGGACGAAGUAACUAUCAUUAAAAAUCAUUGUGUGGAAUUUGCUGCUAAAAUUGUUCAGGUGAUCGAUUUUUGUCCUCUUGUAUUUCCCAUCGAUAUCGGUUGAUUUAUUUCCAAUUUUUCUCUUCUUAACAGCUGCUCAGAAAAUUGCACCGAUACUGAUGGUAAGUUUGAGCUUUCUUUUUUCUUUCACUUUCAAUAAUGGAUGAAAUUAUUGAGGAACUAAAGCGCGAACAGCUGAGUAUCAACAAAUCAACCGACCAAUUCAGGCCAAUUAUAUAUUUUAAUAAGUAGUUAAAACUGCGUUAUUUAAGGUGGUUUGGAACAAUUUUUUUACCCUCUGCCCGGCCAUCUUCAGAGCGCGUAAAAACCAACACACCGCCUUUGCAUUUGAAGGAUUCUCACACUUGAGGCAACCGAAGGAUUGAAGUUUGUAUUAGUUGGCUUGGCAUGGCAAUCGCUAUAAUUGCGCUAAUAUUAUGGGAAAAUCCUGUCAAACAGCCUUUGGGGACAGUCACGGAAAUCCUAGAACUUUUCGUUCAACUUCAGGGUUUUGAUUUUUUCGGGAUAAGGCCUCGCUCGGAGGGAUUUGGAGGAAACAUUUUUUUGAAAGUGUUUGGUAAGCAAAUAAAUAUCUUGGACAGUGUUAGCGAAUUUUCUUUCUUGUUGUUCUUUCCUUCAGGUCCUUCAAAAUGCUACAAACGUUAACAUCAAGCUUGCCAUGAACUCUCGUGAGAAGCUCUCCGAGUUGCCUCUUAAUCGUUUCUACCGUUAUGUCUUGGAGCCCGAAGUCACAUUUAAUGAAGACGGCACCAUUACAGAGGGGCCAGCGGCGGUGUUCUCAGAUAUGCCACAGUCGGUUCUUCUUACUAUGAAUAUGGACACACCUCUGGGGUGGAUGGUAGAGGCAGUGUACUCUCCUUACGAUUUGGACAACAUAAAAUUACAGGAGGUGACGAUUGACCUAUUAAGUUAAAUUUUUACGUAGGAAUUGUUUGGUAGAUACUGGUUAGCUCGCUGUCACUGUAGGGACCUUUAGCAGUCGGAACGGAAACGCCGAAGAAGACGUCAAUUAACAAGUGAAUUUUUCAAUUGAUUUUAGUUAGAAUUUCGCGAAUAGCUGGAUGUAUUUACCGUCUCUUACGGCGCCACACUUCAAUUUCGGGAUAACGUAUGAGAGCAGCAUUGAGCUCCAAUCGAAAUUUAAAUAAUCUGCCGUCGGGGUUUCAGUUCUCAGACCUUGCCAGUUUUGGUAAUUUCACGUUGUUGUUUUGCUGAGGAAGGCUAAGAAAUGUUCAAAAUUUUAAAACAGGUAUACUGAACUACUGUUCUACCCAUUAGAUCUUAGGUUUUGCCACGUCUUCGUAACCAUCCGCCGCCAUCGUAGUUUGCUUAAGUUCCCCAAGUACCUCUCCAACUAAGACCAUCAUUAGGUACCGGCAACUGUUGUUGAAUUGACAAAAGGCCGAAAGGUGGCAAGGGAAGGAUUCAUUUUACAAGAGCAAAAAAACGCUUAUAUCAGUUCCGCACGUUAAUCUUUGUAUCCGACCUGCGCUUCUUUUAGCAUCUAAAAUCUACGAACGUAUAACUAGCCGAUCAACCUUACUAUUUCACUUAAUCUUGUCUUGUCUGAUCUAAUCCUUAAACUGACACAUGUGUUUUUUCUGUGUAUUCAGGUAGAGAACCAAGUACAAGCAAAGUUUGACUUGGAAUAUAUCUUUAUUGAAGGUAAAAAGGUUAAAUUGUUAAUGAAAUACUGGCAAAGCUUCGCGUUUGAAGUCAGUGACAUUCCUAUCACUUGCUCUUGUACAGUAGAAUUAGAGAAACAGUUGAAUAAGCUUGAAGACUUGAGGAUGAAGUUGCACUCUUCAAAGACACUGAUGAUUAAAGAUUCAGGCCAUUUGUGAUUGUUUAAAUUUCCUUCAAAUUGCAAUGGCAAUUUUAUGGCUACCACUACUUGUCGAGAAUCAAUUCAUAUACCACUCCUAGAGCCUGUUUAUUCCUUUACCCAAAGUCGCAAUUUCCGUCAAAAAUAGACCUGGGAACCUUGGCUUUUUUUCUGCUUUCUCCUUUGUUUAUAUUUCCUUUUUCAUCGAUAGGACACUGCUCCGACUUUCACACUAGACAGCCCCCCAGAGGACUGCAAUUUACCCUUGGUACUCCGAGAGACCCUGCUAUGUUUGACACGAUUGUCAUGGCAAAUUUGGUAAGACCUACAGAACUGUGUUGGCUAAAACUCGGCUUUUCACCUUUAUUUGCUGGAAAACGAAUCGUUAGCUUACUAAAUUAAUUUAUUGUUGUACCAUAUAUUUGUGCAUUUAACAGGGAUACUUUCAGCUCAAGGCUUAUCCUGGCGCCUGGUCUCUACGGGUUCGAGAGGGAAGAUCAGCUGAAAUUUACGAGAUAGAAAGGUAAUAGGCUGUAAAGAAACAUGUACGUCACUGUUGUGCUCUAUGCAUUGAAUUGACAAAACGCGAGGCAGCCAUUUUGAAAUUUAGCGCUCCUGCUAUAAUCACCUCGCGCGAAGUGAUUAUAGCGAGGUAUGACGUAAUCCUCGAUCAAUUAAAGCGCAUCUCUGCAAUCAACGGAGCAAUUACAUUUAAUUCAGAUAUGCUUUGAUUGGCCCCUUAAGCUUCUUAAGCCUGGGAAAUAAAUGAAACCCAAUGUAAUAUCCUUCAAUCUCUAUUCUGUUCAAUCGCUAAACGUCUGUUAAUUUUCAUACUUGUAGUGUUUCUGGAAGCACAAAGGAAGACGACGGCCAUUUUACUGUCGUCAUUGACAGCUUUAUUGGAAAACUGCUCAAAGUAAAGGUAAGAUUGACUUCAUGGAAAAAGUUUCGUUUGAAAAAAUGUAUUCCGUAAAUAUUAUUGGAGGGUUCCCUCUCGUUAAAUGUCCUACGUGUUUAUCCCUCAGUAUAAUUACAAGUUUAGUUUUAUAUCCUACCUCUAUCCAACCAGGCCUAUGUAACACUAAGAUUUCUGUCGCGUGGUAGAUGAUGAGGGCGAAGUCCGAAUCAACUAUGACCCCUAGGAAUCGGGAGAGAAUUAUCUCAUUGUUUUAAUUGGUGUAAAUCCGCCUGACAUUCAAAGCUUUAAAGCAAGAUAAGCUCCUGUUUUUCUUCUGUUUACAAGUGCACAUUAUCAGACCUUUCACUUUACUUACUGUCUUCACGAAUUAGAUAGCGCCGGAGUAGCAUAUAGAACGCCAGUAGAUUUAUACCAAAAAGGAAUAUGAGCGAAGUGUCAGGGAAAGUUGACAAAAUGCUGAGGGGGGGGCUGUUCUGGAGCAUUAUCGCCUCAAGAGGAGUAGUCAGAGUAAUUUAAGUCGCUCUAUCCUUUGGAAACCGGGAUAAACUGCGCUAGUUGUGGUUGUUGGCUGUGGUUGUUUACUGACCGUUGUUAAUCAUAUGUUCAGGUCAAGAGAAAACCAGGAAUGGAAGGGAAAGAUCUGCUUAGUGAUUCUGACAGCGCGUCGUCGGGUGGUAUCUGGGACUCUUUAUCAAGGUAAUCUAUUUUUCUUUAUAUCGCCUGUUCCCUUUGUGAGAUUUUUGAAAGCGAGUAAGGUAACGCAUUAAUCCAAUUGUAUAGAAAGAUAGUUGUCUGGUUUAAGAAUGCGACUUGAGCAGCUAUAUAAGAGUGUCAUAUUCGUUUGAAUCAUUAACCGUCCUUAAAUCGACUCCUUUAUGGCUAGUUAUGCAAGCCUCGUGAUCCUAACAUUACACUUGGAGCAAUGCUUACUUGCUUGCUUGCGAUGUAAAAGUAUGACCUGCAAAAACAUUUUCUUCCCUCUUUAUUCAACAAAGUGUCGUGAUAUUCAGGCUUAAUAACUAGAUUCCAUAAAAAAUGUCGAUUUUUGUUUCCCUUGGUCGUUAGCGGCAUUUAUGUUAAUAACCAGAAACAGAGCUGUAUUUUCCUUUUUAAAUAGCAUGGUUGGCAGUGAAACUAAAGGAGACGUCCCCAAAGAUGAAACCAUCAACGUUUUCUCCGUGGCGUCCGGUCAUCUCUACGAACGUUUUCUGAGGUAAACAAAAGGAAGCUCUAUUGAUAUUGUUUCUUGUUUUCUUGUGUCUGCUUUAUACAUUAUGUUAUAAUUAUGUGAAAGAGAGAGGCGGACGGCCGAGUAUUUGAUCGUAUGACCAAACUCUUUUUCACAAGUAAAGGUGGACGUGGUCGUGACGUAUGCGUAAGCGUGAUCGUGAAUGCGAGCGCGGGUAUAAUCAUGAUGGUGAGCGCGAUCGUUAGCGUGAUCAUGAUGAUUGUUGUUUUUCUUUCCUACAGAAUCAUGAUGUUGACUGUUAUGAAGAAUACCAAAAAUCCGGUCAAGUUUUGGUUCUUGAAGAACUUCCUGUCCCCAACUAUGACGGUAAUGAUUAAUGAUUUUACUUCCGAUCCAGUGAAUAUAGCAUAGUCUAUAACAGUUUAAAACUUGAUUAUUAGUGAAGAGUUAAAAAAGUGAUGUCUUUGGAGUUCAUUUGUUUUUCUUGACUAGAGAAAGCGUACCACUAAAGCGGUGCUUUAGGUUUUGUAUAUGUACGUUGAUAAAAGUAUAUUGUCUUGUGCGUUUAGCCUUCGUCCAAACUUUAGCCUUAAAACUGGCAGUCACCUUUGUUGUACUUACUUUCUAGGCGUUUCUACCUCACAUGGCCGAAGAAUAUGGCUUUGAGUAUGAACUUGUUCAAUAUCACUGGCCUCACUGGCUUCACGCACAAACGGAGAAGCAGAGGGUCAUCUGGGGGUGAGUACAACUCUCUUUCCCAUCCUGGAAAAAUCCUCUCCUUGUCCUUUUUAUUCUUAUCAAAACAUAUUGUGCAUUUUCUUAGUUACAAGCUGGCUCAAUUACUUUUUAAAAUUCUUUUAAGAUAAGCUCAGAACCUUUGCAUUUGCCAUGAUCUUCCAGUGUUUGGGACAUUUCAUCGCUUCCGAAUUAAUCAUACUUUUUAAAUUUCCUAUUUCAUGACUUUUAGAUACAAAAUCCUAUUUCUGGAUGUACUAUUUCCGCUCCACGUGAAGAAAAUUAUCUUCGUAGAUGCAGAUUUAGUAAGUAUUUUUCAACCUUUCAAUGGUGCAUAAGGUGUGUUAUCUCGUUCAGUCCUGACAACUCCUCACUCUACAGUUCCAUUUUUGUUAUGGUUUGUUUGAUUCGUGGGGACGCUGUAUACACUUACUCUUCUUUUUUUCCUUUUAUUUCAAUUGGCGGUGCCAUCAUUUCCUCUUUUUAUGAAGGCUUAGUGAUUUGUUAAUUUAUAAGUGAUGAUUUACUCGCUAUAUUUGUGAUUGUUUAACGUUUUCAGAUAGUAAGAGCUGACUUAAAAGAGCUGAAUGAAAUGAACUUACACGGAGCACCCUAUGCAUACACGCCUUUCUGUAGCAGCCGCAAAGAGAUGGAUGGUUUUAGGUAAAUUACAAUUUAUUAUAUCUUGUUUUCUCGUAUGUUUGCCUCUGCUCUUAUUAAUUGCUAUUGCAAUAAAUUUCGUGAUAUUAGAAUCAUUUUUCCGGAAAGUAUUUAGGCAUAAAACAGAGCUCAAACGAGCGUUCAUUUAUAUAACUGUAACGUCAUCAAUAACACAAAGAAAGUGGUUUCGCGGUCUUUUCCCAGAUUCCCCUCGCGGUUUUUUCCCAGAUUCCCCUCGCGGUUUUUUCCCAGAUUCCCCUCCCACUAACGUUUUCGUUUGUUAAACAAACGCUUAAGUGAGCGAGCUUGGAAAUGAAACUUUUCCUCAGCCCUACUUUAAAGACAAAACAUGCAUUAACGUCGAUCGGAAGGGAUUUGUGACAGAGACGUUGUGAUCAUUUGACGCCUGCGUUCUCUUAACCAUUUGACCUCUUUGACUAACAUCUAAUUUCUCCUCACAAUAUCACCCUUGAAUCACACAUUAAGGUCAUGAGAAUAAAGGAAAUGAUCACCAACAGAAGAAGCUCUUGAUUGUUAAACAAAUUCUCCUUGUCAGCUCCUUGGGAAAUGUACAGAGAACAGAAUGGAGAAUAUGCAUACUGAUGAUAGGGCGUAAAUGGUCAAAGCCUCUCCCUUCAUUACUUACCACUCAACAUUACACUUCAUACCCGGUGUUCUAAAAUUGCCCGAUCUAAACAUUGUUUUCGAACAGCUCUGUUUACGAUGCCAUCGCAGGUCCUACCAGAGGUGAAGCCGCAAUGACAAAAAAAAAAAAAACACUUCCAAAUUUUUAUUGAAUUACAUUUAUCGCAGCUGAUGCCAUAAUACAUUUGUGUUUCUGCAGGUUUUGGAAUGUUGGUUACUGGAGAAGUCACUUGGGUGGAAAGCCGUAUCACAUUAGGUGAGGAACAGCCUUAUAAUUGACGGCAGUUCAGUUAGAGUUAUAAUUGCCGAUGUUAUUCCAACCUUUUACUUUUAUUCUCUGUCUAUUGCAGUGCGUUGUACGUCGUAGACUUGGAUCGAUUCAGACGACUGGCCGCCGGUGACAGGCUAAGAGGACAGUAUCAGGUGAGUUGAUACUACCCCUAGACAAAAAAAGUACCCAAUGACAAGUGAAGAAUUGAUUAUAACAGGUUAAAUGCAAAUAACGUCUCUGCAGAAAAAAACCAAAAUGAAAAAAUUAGGUUUCGAGGUAGUUUGAACUCCGAGCCUCUCGGCAGCUCAGUUGGCGAAGCAUUAAUUUUAUCCGCGAAAGGAAGGCGAGGCUUCAUAUCAGCCUGGGUUUUUUUUACUUUGUCCUUAGUUUGUGUUUAUUUUUAUUUCCUUCUUUAUUCGACGUUCGAAGACGAAAUCCAGUUAAUUUAUUUGUUAUUUGUUAAUCAGGGCUUGAGUCAAGAUCCCAACAGUCUUUCCAACCUCGAUCAGGUGAGAGAUAGAUUAUCCAGUUAUAUUUGACUUGACAAAUUGACUUGACUUAAACUUCGAUGCUGUUCCUUUAGAGCAAACGCCAUCAGGAAUUAAAUUUUUGUAGAACAAGGAUCUAAUUGAAGUUAUCAUCCUAUGAGCUAGACUAAGUCAUGCAUACGCAUAACAAUUUUAUAGAUGGACUCUAAAAUUAAGACAUCCUAAAAACUGUGGUGAACAGGAAUAUAAUUUUCCAACAGUGCAAAGAACAGUGGACGCGGGCGUCAUUUCGGAGGAAAUUGCGAUUCGGUGUUGAUUCUCCUUCGCGAUUGUCGAAGUGGCAAAAAUUUUUAUUUUAAAAACAUUGGUAAUUUUAUUUAUUUUGGGAACCAGGAAUAGAGAGUAUAAGUAUACCUUCAAUUAAAGAUGGCUUUGCUAAUUUUUUUUAGUCACAGAGUAAGACUCUGACGAUCGUACAGACGAAAAUACGAACGGACGAACAGACCUUCUUACGGAUGGAGCGACUGACUCCACAUUGCUUCAGUUAAACUUUUCCUCCUAGCAUUUCUUAUUCUUAAUCUCUACAGGACUUACCUAAUAACAUGAUCCAUCAAGUUCCCAUCAGAUCCCUCCCUCAGGAGUGGCUGUGGUGUGAGACGUGGUGUGAUGACGAGUCACUGAGCACGGCUAAGGCGAUUGACUUGGUAUUGUAUCUUCGUUUCGGACAAUUUUUAAUUAAGUGUUGGUUUUUCUUUACUUCGAUAUGUGAUUUGUCAAGAAAAUUCGCGCCACUUUCUCAGCUGAUCAAAUGCGAAACUAAAAUCAACCCGAGUUUUCCCGCGCUUUAGGCCGAUUGCAUUUUUUGACUUUGGUCUCUUGUUGAAACCUUGUGUGUGUUUUCGUUGUUCUGAUUGGCCGUUUGGUUUACGACACUUAAUUGAAAUGUGUUCAUUGUUAUUGAGCUAAAGUUUAGUACUGGGCUCUUUUUCUGUUAACGCAGUCGUUUUUACUUCUAUACAUGCACACUGGUCGGAUAUUUGAGUAGUUCAUGUUUGUUUUCAUCGUUCUUUUUGUAUCUGUUCGUUUGUUUGUUCCUUUUUUUUUAAAAAUUUUUUUUUUAAGGAAAACGAUAUACAUAAAGGGCUAUACCGAGACGCUAUUUCUUUUGAAUUGAUGCAAUAAGCAACAAGCAAUAAGCUAUUUUAAGGAUGAAAAUGGUUCAAACUGGUGCUCGGAUAAAGUUGAGUCAGAACUGGUAACAGCAAUAUGGAAACCGAGUCAAAAAAAGGGCCAAUUUUGCAUUCGUCCAUUUAUUUCUUCGUUCACUCUUCGCUCAGUCAUUCAUUUACUCUUAUCGUGAUCUAUCUAUUAGUUCGUUAUAUUGCAUACUCAUCUACGCUUUGUUUAAAAUUCUACCAGUGUAAUAAUCCCUUGACAAAAGAACCUAAGCUGCAAGGCGCUGUGAGGAUCGUCAAGGAGUGGCCUGAUCUGGACAAUGAAGUUAGAAGACUGCAGGAAAGAGUAGCUGCACAGAAGCCAUCUUCAAAAGUUAGUCAAGAGUCAACUGAACCAACAGGUAGAGAA